GUGGGGUAAAAUAAGGGUUUGUUUGUCUGAAUAUCCCUUUUUUCACUUUCUCUCUCUAUCUCUAACCUUAAUUCCUAGGUUGAGUCUUUCAUAUCUUACCAUGUAAGGUCUUUUAAAAGAGAGAAAAAAUAACUACUCUUUUACAUAAAACAUACACAAACAAACACAGUACAUCUUCUUCUUCUUCCUGUUUUUUCUCUCUCUAUUUUUUUUUUAAUUUUCUCUCUCCAUAAUCAAAGAACAAAAAAAACUUGAAGUUGCUCCACCAAAAUCUAAAGGUACCCACCACAACCAUCAACACUCUUUUCUCUACUUCUGGCAACCGUUAACAUUUCCAUCCUUUCUUCUCCCUUCCAAACAAGGCAAACUCAUUAAAGAUCAAAACUUUGCAUUUUUCUUUUGUAAAAUUUUUUAAAAAAAGCUACUUUUUUUUUUUUUUUUUGAGAUUUCAAGAGCAUAUUUUUCUUGGGAUUUUAUUAUUCUAAGGUAUUUUGGGAGGUGGGUUAUAAGUGGCAGAGUGAUCUCCCAGAAAAAAGGGGGAAAAAAUAAGCUAGUUGCCAAAAAAAAAAUUUAAAGUUGGAUUUUUUUUUUUGGGUGAUAUCUUGUAUGUAUAAAUGGCUGCUCAUCAUCAUCAUCAUCAUCAAUUAUUGGAAGAGAAAUCAUCAAGGGAAAGUAACAACAACAUGAUGGUAUCAUCUUCUUCAUCAAGCUUUUGUUACUCAGAUGUUGUUCCUCAUUUAGCAGGAGUUAGCAAUCAUCAUCAUCAUCAUCAUCUUCAAAGUUUUGAUUCAAACCCUGAAAUAUACAACUUAACUAGUGGUAUAGAAAUGAUAGGGUUUCAACCAAAACCUCCUAACAAUAAUAUUAAUAAUAACAAUAACAAUACUCACCAUCAUCAUGAUGAUGAUGAUCAUAAUGAGGUUCAAAAUCCUAAUGAUCAUCUUAUUGUAGCACAACAACAACAUCAUCAACAUCAAAAUCAAGAAAUGGGUUUUAUGGAUGAAUCUUCUUUAAGGCCAUGUGUGUUCUCUUGUGAAGGUAAUGAGAGGCCUAGUCAAGGUUUAUCACUUUCUCUCUCCUCCUCUAAUCCUUCCACUAUUAGCCUUCAAUCCUUUGAGUUAAGACAUAGUUUUCAUCAAAGAUUCAAUCUUUCUUCGCCUUCGUCGAAUUCUAGAGAUGGGUUUUUGGGUAAGUCUCAAUCUUUUCAUCAACAUGAACAACAUGAUCAGCAACAACCACAACAACAACAACAACAACAAAUUUUUCUUGGGAAAAGUAUUGUUAAUGGAAGUGCUAGUAGUAGUAAUAGUAUGAGUUUGCAGUUUGAGUUAAUGAGGAAUUCAAAGUACAUGGGACCCACUCAAGAGUUGCUGAUUGAGUUCUGCAACCUUGGAACAAAGCAAAAUUCUGAUGAAUCACAAAGGAAAAAGCAGCCAUUGAAGAAGAACAAAGAACAAUGGGAGUUUGAAGAAGGUGAAGAAGAUGGUGAUCAUAACAAUAAUAAUAAUAAUACUAAUAAUGCAAGUAGUAGUUCUUCUUCAAGAAAUGCUAAUACUAACCCAUCAUUGUAUGGUGUUAGUUUAUUGGAAUUGCAAAAGAGGAAGACAAAGUUGCUUGCCAUGUUGGAAGAGUUGGACAGAAGAUACAAGAACUACUGUGAACAAAUGAAGGGUGUAGUGUCUUCAUUUGAGGCUGUGGCGGGUCCGAGGGCGGCGAAUGUGUACUCUGCCUUAGCCUCCAAGGCAAUGUCAAGGCAUUUCAGGUGUCUAAGAGAUUCAAUUGUAACUCAGAUUAAAGCAACAAAGAAGGCAAUGGGAGAAAAGGAUUCAAAUAAUGCAACCAUUCUAGGUACAACAAGGGGUGAAACUCCAAGACUUAGAAUUUUAGACCAAAAUUUGAGGCAACAAAGAGCUUAUCAACAAAUGACUAUGAUGGAGAGCCAUCCAUGGAGACCUCAAAGAGGCUUGCCUGAGCGUUCUGUUUCGAUCCUUCGUGCUUGGCUCUUCGAGCAUUUCCUCCAUCCGUACCCAAGCGACGUCGAUAAGCAUAUCUUAGCACGCCAAACAGGUCUUACAAGAAGCCAGGUGUCUAAUUGGUUUAUUAAUGCAAGAGUGAGACUAUGGAAACCAAUGGUGGAGCAAAUGUACUUAGAAGAGACCAAAGAGCAGCAAGACAAGAACAUGGGGUCAUCUUCAGAUGGUACAGAUCAUCAACUAUCUUGUACUGAUCAUCUUGGUGGCAUUCUACCACCACCACCACCACCUCAAGAUCAAAAGCCGGACCCUGAUCAACUCAUUCGAAUUGAUCCAGGGUCUCUCUCCUCCAUUGUCAACACCACUACCACCACCACCACCACCACCUCGAGUCGAGAUGAUCCUCAAAAUAGGAUUAAUCAUCACUUACAAUUUCAACAAAGUAGCCAAUUUAUUGGUAGGGUUGAAGGUUUUGGUUCAAUGGACCAUUUGGAUUUUCCAUCUUCUUCAUCAUACAACAACCAACAAAACCACCAUGCAACACCUUUUGGUAGUAAUACCAAUGACCAAAAUGACAAUAAUACCCCUCACCAAACCUUUGGUGGUGGUAACAAUAAUGUGUCAUUAACAUUAGGGUUGCAACAGCAUGAUGGUAAUGGAGUAAGCUUAGCAUUUUCGCCUGCUUCACAAACAGCUUCUCUCUUUUAUCCAAGAGAUCACAUGGAUGAUUGUCAACAAGUUCAUCAUCAAUACUCUCUUUUGGAUGGAGAUCAAGGACAAAAUUUACCUUACAGGAACUUAAUGGGUGCACAAGUACUUCAAGAUUUCGCUUAAUUAUAUUAAUCAUCAUUGAUUAAUUUUAAGCUAAGUGAGAUCACCAUGAACCAAAGAUUAUUAUUAUUCAUGAUAUAUAAUUCGUUUGAGGUUUUACUUAGUUUGUAAGGAAUAUUAUAGGUAUUAGAUCAAGUACUAAUUAAGCUAAAAUAGGUAGUAUAUGUAUAGUACUCCAUGAUUAAUCAUACAUGCAUAAAUAGCUAAACAAUGGAAGGUGGAUUUGAUGGGGAGUAGUGAUCAUGGAAUAUGUUGGUGCAUGCAUGAUAAAGAUGUUGUAGUUUUUUCUAUUUUGCUUUUUCAUUGUUUUGGGAAAUUUUUGGUGGUUUAAUUAGGGGGUCUAAAACGUUAUUCCUAUGCUAUAAUUUGCUUCAAGGGGAAAAAAUAUUCAAAAUAGAGAAAAUUAUACAUGUAGCUUUUUUAUUU